AGACAGGAGAAAGCGCAAGUCGUGCCUCGGAUUAAAAGGACCUGUCUGGUGUACACACACACACACACACACACACACCUGUUUGGAGAUUGGAAAACAUUAUCAACUCUUGGACAGCUCAGAACUCCAGUUAUCCUACUAAGCUCUAAUACUUCUUUGGCAACACACAUUUAAAUCAGGAUAAAAAUGAAGAUUGCUGUUUUCCUGCCUGUACUUUUACCACUGUUACUACAGAGUGUUCCUGUUACCCCCGUCACGGUCUCCACCUCCAGCCGCAUAGUCAAAGUGGAGGAACACUCAGAGGCCAAGCUUUCCUGUGAGUUUAAGACAGAGAAAGAUCAGAAUCCUCGCAUCGAGUGGAAGAAAAUGGAAGAAAAAGGCACCUCCUUUGUCUACUUUAAUGGCAGCUUCGCAGAAUUUUAUAUGGGACGUGCAAAGAUGGAAGGGGCAACAAUAACAUUACAGAAGGUGACACUGAAGGAUGAUGGAGAAUAUCGCUGUGAGGUCAGCGCUGCUGCUGACGAUGUCCAGCUGGGAGAGACCAUUCUCACUCUAAAUGUGUUGGUACCUCCACACAUCCCGUCCUGUGAGAUCCCGAGCUCUGCGCUGACCGGAUCUAGAGUGGCGUUGCGCUGUAGGGACAAGUACAGUAUUCCUCCUGCAAACUACACCUGGUACAAAGACAAGACGCCUGUCUUUCCACCGCGCCAUACCAAUGCCACUUACUCUGUCAACAAGGAGACAGGCAUUCUUACAUUUCAUGCAGUUACCAUAGCUGACUCAGGACUGUACCACUGUGAGGCCAACAAUCGGGUUGGAAAGCCAAAGAGCUGUGUCGGAAAUCACAUGACGGUUGAUGAUCUAAAUGUUCCAGGGAUUGUAGCCGGGAUUGUCAUUUUUUGCCUGAUCAUAACUUUAUGCACUCUUGGGGUCUGUUAUGCCCACCGACAAGGCUACUUUAACCGGCACAGAGGAAGGUCAUUCUGGAUCCAACAGUGUCAUGGAGUGGCUCACAUCAGCAGCCAGAACCUCAACAGAUCAGAGGACAUCCCCCAUGCUGGUUAUGGACCUCCUUCACAAAAUAUUCAGGACUUCAAACACACACAGUCAUUUAUGCUGUAAGAAGCUUUAACCUUUCCUCAAAUCAGAAACACCCAUGCAGCAUUUACAGCCCUUGGAACCGGAGACCGUCCCUUUGUGCAACUCUCAGUGUUACUGUGGAUAUGAAUGGGACAAGAAGAUCUGAAUUUGUCCCCUUCAUGUACGACUGUUCUGGGGAUAUCUAUCCUCUAAAAAGACUUGGUGUGGUAGUGCUGGAUUGAACCCAACCACUGAAAAUGUGUUAGACCACUGCCCUUCUGCAUUCUUUGCUCACUUCUGCCCUCUGGUGGAUGUAAUACGUACACAAACAUAAUCAUAGCUGAAAUGUGCAACACUUUGGAAGUUUUUUUAUUUUUAUAUUUUAUUUAAAGGGUGAGCCUCCCUAAAAUAUAUUACUAUAAAGAAAAUUAUUACAGAAUUUGAUGUACUUGAUGUUCCCUGCACCUCCCUGUGCCUUGCUAAGGGAGCGUUACUAGGAUGUUCGAUUCACUGGUUGCAUGAAGAAACAACUUGGUCACGAACCAAGAAUUGAGCUUUCUAGAAUGCCUCCCACGAGUGAGAUGAUCUUUUACUGUAUGUAAUUAAGAGUGUAUUUGUAUCUUUUCGUUUUAAUUGUACAGUAACUGUUUAGGUUGAAAUGCAUGAAUGAUUUGCUAUAUAUUUUAUCAGCAUUAAAAAUGAUUGUUUUUGUUUUUUUA